UAUACGACACACAAAAAUCUGCAAUCAUUUAUUUGACUGUAGUGUUAUCUGGCCAUAACAGUAGGCUGUAGGCCAGUAGGCUAUCGCAUGUUCUUCGUCAGCAUAUUACAACUGCACUAAGACGAGUGGAUAAUUUUAAAGUGCAGAAAGGCUACACUGGUUUCAACAUGUCUUCUGAAAGUUUAAAAGUUGAACAUCCUUAUUUGCCCAAGGAGUUAAAAUUGGAUCACUAUGUUAAAAACAGCAAAGACACCAUCGAAAUUUUAGCUACUUUAUCAGGUGUAGCAGCAGUAAUUCUCGUUGUUUCAUGGUACAUCACCGGUUUUCGGACGGAACCUUUUUGCCUCAAGCGCCGGUUAACGCUCUGUUGGUUUAUGCUUUGUGGAUUUAUUCACACUGGACUUGAAGGGUACUUCGCAAUAUACCAUAAAACACUUGCUGGACACUCUACUAUUCUAGGAGAAGCAUGGAAAGAAUACAGUCGUUCUGACAGUAGAUAUCUGAGCUCAGACACAUUUGUUGUAUGCAUGGAAACGAUCACUGCUGUAGUUGACGGUCCCUUGGCCUUUAUUGCAUUUGUAGCUUUUAUGACAGGAAGCAACUACCGCUACGCUUGGCAGCUACUCCUCUCCUUGUUUCAACUGUAUGGGGACGUCCUGUAUUUCGCGACAGAGUUCAAAGAAGGAUUCAUUCAUAGUCCAACUGACGUACCUUUGUAUUUCUACUUUUACUUCAUUUUCCUCAACUCCCUGUGGAUCAUCAUCCCACUGCUGUUGGUUGUAGAUGCCUGCCACCACAUAGCCAACUGCCAACAAGUUUCAGAUUUUAUCAUGAUUAGUACAAUAGAAAAGGUAAAGCUGGCCACCUCCAACAACCAUCAAAAAAUGCAUUAAAUCUAUUUGUAGUUAGUUUUCUAAUCAAUAAGAGAAGAUAGAUUCAACUGUUAUGGUCAGGUUUAUUAUGAUUGUUAGGGUAUCUCAGUAAAAAAAAAAAACUCAAAGUGUUUGUCUGUCUCAUUUUUAGUAAAAUGGCAGAUUUUUGAAUGUUGAUUUUAACUUAUCCCAUCAAAAAAGUCACACUAUUUUGUAAUUUUAUCUAAUUAAUUUUUAGAAACCACAUUGUAUUUUAAUGAAUAAGUGAGUUACUAUCAAAUAUGCUCUUCAUCUACAUAGAAGUUUACAUUGUGUAAGAGAGAGAACACAUAGUUCACAUUGUCUGAUAAGGAUAUUUUUAGAGGCUCAUAAAUGUAGUCAGAGCCUAAGCCGUUAACCAUUGGAUUAAACAUGUUACAGAGUUAGCCUUUUUUUUGCUAUUUCACACAAGAAUUUGUAUUCAUAAUUCAGAUGACCUCACAAUUGUAUUCCUUUUUUUUAAGCUUUGUUAACUGCUUGAUUUUACAAUUUUUAGAAAAGUAACCUAAAUAUAUGAGUUGUUGCCCCUUGGCUUGUCUUUUUAUACAUAUUUAGCUACUGGGUAUUUCACUGUUAUCAAAAUACAAUUACUGCAAUUUAAUACAUAUGUUACAUUUACAAUUAAGCUCCUCCUGUUUAACUUAAUGAAUGAUGUUUCAUUACCAUUACCCUCUUAAAUUAGGCUGUUGCAACAUUUUUCUUUCUUUGUCUUUGACUUCCUUUAAUUAAAAAAAUAACAGUCUUUUAAAAUUUUGUAUAUAUAUGUAACCAUCCACCUUAUUUUUAAUAGCUUGAAGAUCAUUACAGUUCAUAAAGUAUUUAUUUUUAGAUAGUAAAAAAUGAGAUUGUUAAAAAAAUCAGAGUCUUUAUGGCCACCUUACUGUGAGGUCUGUUUAAAAUAUAUAUAGUGUAUGACUUAAUUUUUUUUAUUGAAAUGUCAUGACUUUUAAAAAUUACACUAAAGCUUUUGAACGAUUCCAACACAAAUUUUUUACAAAAGUAAUACUAAUACUUUGGGCUAAAAUUGCAACAGAGCAUAGCCCAUAGUGGAUUAUGGUUGUAGCUUACACAUGAUUCAUAUUGGAUAGCUAAGAAUUGACAUGUAUAAUAGCUGAAAUGUUAUUCAUUUCCACUACAUUUCUUUAACUGUUUCAUUUAUUUUUACCUAUGGCUGUUAUAUUUCAAUGCACUCAAAAUAAGUUCUGGUUGUUAUAGGGCAGAGAGAGGCAGCUGUUAAUUUGCAUAAUGGUAGCUAAAGACAAAUAUAACCAUCUUGUAUAGCUUUUGAUGAUCAAGUUUUAACUUAUAGUGAGUUGGACACAUUGUAUGCUUUUUAAAAUUUUUAACCUGUUCUUAAAUUACUUAAGUGUUUUGUUUUUAGAUUUAAACUUUCUUGGUUUUACAAGUUAAUUUUACUUCUGUUUGUUCAUAUAUAGUUUCCCUUCUAAUUAACAAUAAUCUUAUUAUGUUUGUAUAUAAAUACAUGUGUGUGUUUUAUCUAAUGAAAGCGUGAGCUUUGGUCAAUUAAAUGUAUUUGACAGCUUUUACUUCAAAUAGCUUUGUCCUUCUCGAUUGCACCAAUGACUUUGCAGCUAAAUUUGUUUGCUUGGAAAUGUUAUUUUUUUAUCUUGAACUGAUCAAAUGAUGAUUAAAAGUUAGACUUGUGUUCCAAUGUUG